UGGAAUUCAGGCAUCUCACAGGAGAGGAGAAAUAUUCAGGCUGCAGGAUGAAGAAGGAAACCCGAGGAGCUGUGUUUGCCAUCUCCGUCCUCAUCUGCGUCCUCACACAGGUCACGUCCCAGCUGUGUUCAGGUCCAUGUCAGUGUCCUUUGUCCCCUCCGACAUGUCCUCUCGGGGUUCCUCUGGUUCCGGAUGGGUGUCGCUGCUGUCAGAUCUGUGCAGGACAAGAAGGAGAACUUUGCUCUGAAAAAGACGUGUGUGAUGCUCAGCGUGGUCUGGAGUGUGACUAUAGCGCCAGUUUCCCAGAUGGACCUGGAGAGUGUGUCCGGCGAAACACGCUCGGCUGUGAGCACUUGGGUGUGAGGUACGAGGAGGGUCAGUCGUUCACACCCUCGUGCAGGCAGCUUUGCCACUGUGUGGGUGGCGGCGUCACGUGCGUCCAUCUGUGCACCGAGGAUCUGAACACGCCGAACUGCCAACACCCGCGACUGGUGCACGUGCCGGGGCGCUGCUGCCGAGAGUGGGUGUGUGACGACACGGAAAACAGCAUUGUGCUGGAAAACACUCCAGUUGAGCGAGCCGUGAGGUCCUGGCAGGACACGGCGGCGCCUAGCGGGGUCUCCUGGUCCACCUGCAUCGAGCAGAGCACCGAGUGGAGUGUGUGUUCACGCAGCUGUGGUCCAGGUGUGUCCACACGUUUCUCAAACAGGAACUUGGCCUGCCAGCCACAAACACACACGCGCCUGUGCGUGGUCAGGCCGUGUCACCCUGGACCAACCGCCAGAGCCCAGCCAUUCCAGAGGCCGGGUGUGUGUGAGAGCAGUUACCGCUCGCCCAUGCCAGUGCGCUUCGAGCAUCAGGGCUGCUACAGCGCUCGCUCCUACAGGCCGCUGUUCUGUGGAACGUGUUCUGACGGACGCUGCUGCAGCCCCGAUCGCUCCAGGACCGCACUCGUGACCUUCCGCUGCCCGCGAGGACGAAUCGCUCAGCACGCCGUCAUGAUGAUCGAGUCCUGCGUCUGCCAUUACAGCUGCCCUCAUGCGAACAGCUCCAGAGGAACACGCUCGUGGCUGUAGACUGUAACGCUCUCAUCUUUUGGGUAUCACUAUCAAAUAUUCAUUUUUAUUACAUUAUUUAAAGUACGUGUAAACAUUCAUUAGCUAUAUUAGCAAGACUUAUACGCAAAUUUGAUUAGAAUCGUGUGUCUUCUAGGACCAGAUGUGGAUUUAAAAUAAUGCAGACGUUUUAAAGGGGUAGAUUAGUUUAAAAAAAAUUACUUCUAUCAAUUAGCCAUGUUUCUGAAAUUUUGCACCAAAUAUGUCUCAGCUAAAGGGGACAUCAUGUACAAUUGAUUUUUUGUUGCUAAAUUAUUAAAAAAUAUUAUACACUUUGACAAAGUCUCAAAUUGGAAACACUCCACGUUGUGCUGUUACAGUGACAUAUAGCUGAAGUUGUUUUGUUUCUCUUAUACCACAGAAAUUUUCCAACAACUAC